CUUCUUCUCCUUCUUUUCCCUCAAUUCAACCCAUCUGCCACGUCAUCACCGUCGCUGUUCCCGUGUCCGGCGAGAUGUCAAUGCUAUUCGGAUAACGAGCAGAACCAACAGGUUCACCUCAUUUGCAAGUGGGAACAGCUCAACGCCACAAAUUUCCAAUUGGCUCGACCCGAUUUGGUCCGAACGUUAACCAUAAAAUGUCCAUAUCACUCUCCAAAAGUCUCAACUCCUCCACAUUCUCUAUUUCAAGGAUUUCGAAAUCUGGAUCGAUUAGAAUUGGAUCGAUGUCUAAUUGAUACAGUACCCGAUGGACUUUUUGCGGGUCUCCAUCAACUCUACUCAUUAAUCCUCAAAAACGCGAACAUCGCCGAUUUCCCAAGAGACAUUUUUGCGCAUUGUCCAAAAUUAAUGACUUUGGAUUUGUCUGGAAAUAAACUCAGAAUCGAGCCAUAUUCAUUGAGAUCUUUGCAUGACUUGAUUCAUUUGGAUUUGAGCGAUAACGAUAUUGGAUUCUUGACAAACACGCUAAUAUCAUUGACAAAGCUGAAAGUGAUAACAAUGAAUAAUAACAAGAUAACGAAUAUUGAUUUCAGGAGAUUCCCCGAGAACCUAACCGACCUAUCCAUCCGUCAUAACCUAGUCUCCACUAUCCAUUAUGUCCCAGCAAGUGCUCGUAAUCUGAAACGUUUGGAUUUAUCUGGAAAUCGUCUGGAAUUCGUGGCUGGCUUGUCGACAGGAGCUGUAAACGUUUUACCAGCGGAAUUGAAGCAUGUAGAUCUAUCGAAUAACAAGUUGAACUAUCUACAUGAAUUCGCAUUCGAACAUCUUUCAAAUUUGGUUUUGUUGGAUUUAAAAAACAACAGUCUCAAAGAAGUGAAGGCAUCUAGUUUCCGAGGUUCCAAAAAUCAAAUCAAGUUGUUUCUCUCUGAAAAUCCGUUACUGUGUCAUUGUAGUCAUAAAUGGUUGAUGGAUGCUGAAUCAAAAAACAUUUCACUCGGAGAUCUUCCAGCAAUUCAGUGUUCCAACAUUUUAAAGCCCGAGAAGACAAUGUCGCUGACACUGGCACAUUCGAGGAAUCAAUUGCUUUGUAAAUAUUCCAAUAUGUGUGAAGCGGAUUGUGAAUGUUGUCAGAAGAAGGAAUGCGAAUGUCGAUUCGAGUGUCCGCCGACGUGUAGAUGUUUGAGAUCAGCGGAUGUGACAAGUGUUCGGACAUCCCAAAACAUAAUGGUUUGUGACAAGCUGCGAUGGGAUAAGCUUGGAAAACUACCAUCCCCUCUGACCCAGUUGCAUAUGAAUCAGACGGAUUGGAAGAGCUUUGAAGCGAAACAGUUGAAAGAAUUGGGCAAUUUGAGAGCAUUAAAAAUUACGAAUAGCAAAAUGACAACGAAGGAAAUGGAAAAACUCUCCGAUCUUACCAACCUAACCCAUCUGGAAAUCACAUCCUCAUCAAUAACAUUCAUUCCGGAUUCCAUUUCAAAAUUGCCAUCUCUAACCCAUCUCUAUCUCUCUGAUAACCCAUUGGAUCAACUGAAUGCCACGUCACUCGUCCAUUUGGAUAAUUUGAAAAAGAUUGACGACAUAGAUGACGUCUACUGUGAUCUAAACGGUCAUGGAACAGUUUGGAUGUUAGAAGCCCUGCCUGGAACCAAUGAAAGCGUUUGUUUGGAUCCAACAGAAGAGACAAAACAAUGGAUGGCAUUUGUGGAGAAUGCACAGAAAGGGAUUAUGGAAAGAGUUCAUACUUCUACAAAAGCUACAACGGAGAAAAUGGAUGAAGAGAAGGAGGAGAUGACGACGUCACCAAGGAAGACUAUUUUGGAUACGUUGAAUGAGUUGGAAGGAGGAAAAAAGACAGAUAAAAUGAGCACCAGAUCUCGCUCAACAACCACAUCGAUGACAACGACCACUCCCCGCUAUCGUAGAAAAUACAAAGAUUACGAUGACGAACCCCAUAAAUUUGUGAACGUACUUAUCUUUUUGCUAUUCUUAUGCGUUAUCAUUUUGAUUAUUUCCAUUGGAGUUACAGUAUACUUGAAGUGA